CACUUGUGGAGGUUAUGUUUUUGCCUAAAAUAAAUAGACCCGAUAUGUUAUAAGUACUGUUGCAUUAAGAAUAAUUAGAGAACUUAGAUUACUUUUCCAUUAAAAUGUCGUUAAUUAGAACAGGCUUGCAAAGACUAGCAACCGUUUUUAGUGGAAGUAAUGGAGGCAUUUUAUCUAGAUUUCUCACAAAUGUUGUGCCUGCUCAGCAGCAAUCUAUUAAUACCCAGAAGGAAGUGAUAGAGACAUGUAACAGAAUGAUUGCACAGAAACCGUCUCGUAACUUUGCUAUUAUACAUCUCCUGGGUAAACAAUGGCGAGUGAGUGAUGGCGAUCUACUCGUAGUAGAAGGAUACUGGCCGCCAAACAUUGGUGAUCAGAUAAAAUUAGAAAAAGUACUUUUAGCAGCAACAAAAGAUUUCUCAUUGAUUGGUCGGCCACUCGUACAACCAGACCUAGUAACAGUCACAGCUACUGUGGUCUCCAAGGGACUUUCACACACUCGCGUACACUUCAAAAAGAAGAGGAGGAAGCAGUUCAUGAGAAUCAACUUCCAAAGAGCUCAGCAGACUAUGCUGAGAAUUAAUUCUGUUGAAAUUGCUGAUAAAAUUAAUGCAAGACCUAAAAAUGAACAGUGAAUGUUGUUAUGAUUUAGACUAAAUGUAGAUAACAAAUAAAUCAUUAAAAAAAUA